AUGAUUGCCGCAAAGCCCAUCGUUCUCUAUGGCCACAGCUACACCCCUAAUCCGUCCAAAGUGGUCAUGAUACUCGAGGAACUCAAGAUCCCAUACGAGCAUAUCAUCAUCGACCUCGCCGUCGUAAAGGAGGAACCCUAUCUCUCCAUCAAUCCAAACGGUCGCCUCCCGGCCAUCAAAGACCCCAAUACGGGCAUCACACUCUGGGAAUCGGGUGCCAUUGUCGAGUACCUCGUUGAGACGUAUGAUGACGCAGGCGCGCUCUCCCUCACUUCUCAAGAGGAUAGGUUCCUCUUAAAGCAGUGGUUGCAUUUCCAGGUGUCUGGCCAGGGCCCGUACUUUGGCCAGCUUGGCUGGUUCAAGCUCUUCCACUCCGAAGAUGUCCCCAGCGCCAAGGAGAGGUACGAGGAGCAGACCGUCCGCGUCCUCUCGGUCCUCGAUCGCGCCCUCAAGGGCAAGAAGUACCUCGUCGGAGACAAAGCGACCUACGCCGAUAUCGCCUUCAUGCCGUGGGACCAGCUCGCGAGAGUCCUCAUCGGCGAGGGGUGGAGCGCCAAGUGGGAAGUCGACUCCAAGUAUCCCGACUACGCCGCCUGGGCCGAGAGGAUUCGCGCCCGGCCUGCGGUCAAGAGUGUACUGGAGACCAUGGGAAAGCAGCGGGCUGCUGAAGAGAAGCAGGCUAAAGCCCAAGAGUGGGUGGACGGGAGUUGA